UUUGAAGGCUUUGAUGGAAUCACAAAUUUGAUAAAUCAUGACGGUAAACAAAGAGAUUGCCUUCGUGUUGUGUUUUAUUACUUUGUGCGCUAUAUUGCAGCCAAGUACAGAAGAUGAACCGGCAUUUUAUAAAUUUGUGUUAAAAGAUAUAAGCGGGAAGGACGUUGAUUUCGCGCAAUAUAAGGGAAAGGUCCUACUAUUAGUGAAUGUUGCAAGUGAAUGUGGUUACACUGAUGGUCAUUACAGAGAACUGGUUCAAAUCCAGGACGAGUUUUCAUCACAUGGCUUCACUGUGCUAGCAUUUCCUUGCAACCAGUUUGGCCAGCAGGAACCAAACGACGACAAAGGCAUUUUAAAAUUCGCCCAAGACAGAUACAACGUGAACUUUCCUUUGUUUUCGAAGAUUGACGUUGGUGGUGAACACGCUCAUCCGUUGUAUGUGUACCUGUACCAGGUCACGGCCGACUACCCGAAGUGGAACUUCGGGAAAUAUUUAGUGGACAGAAAUGGAAAAGCCGUUAAGUUUUUCUCACAGAGGAUUACAGCGCGAGAAGUUGCUCCCUAUAUUGAAUUGCUGAUUAAUAAUAAGACAAUAGAUUCUUACCAUACCGAUUUGUAAUAGCUAUACAUAUGCAUUGAAACCGUAUUUGCAAUUUACACCCCAUAUAAAAAUAGGUCAAAUUCUGGCCAGAAUCCUAUAAUAAUCCUUUUCUGAAGUAUACUCUAUAGGCAGUAUAGUC